AUGGGGUUGGCAUGGUUUGUCUCUUCUUUUGUCCUCUCUCACUUCCUCUCUCACUUCCUCUCUCACUUCCUCUCUCGCUUCCUCUCUCACUUCCUCUCUCACUUCCUCUCUCACUUCCUCUCUCGCUUCCUCUCUCACUUCCUCUCUCACUUCCUCUUUCACUUCCUCUCUCACUUCCUCUCUCACUUCCUCUCUCACUUCCUCUCUCACUUCCUCUCUCACUUCCUCUCUCACUUCCUCUCUCACUUCCUCUCUCACUUCCUCUCUCACUUCCUCUCUCACUUCCUCUCUCACUUCCUCUCUCACUUCCUUUCUCACUUCCUUUCUCACUUCCCUUCCUUGUGCCUGUCCUUGUCUGCGUGUGUGCAUGUGCGGCGCGUGCAUGGUUCGUGGUUGGUGCAUCAGGGCCUGUACCUGGGGUCGAUAGGCGCGGCGCACAACAGGGAGCUGCUGAAGCGCAGCAACGUGACGCACGUGCUCACAGUCGCCAACUCCAUCCUGCCCGCACACCCCCGCGACUUCCACUACACGCUCAUCAACGUGGACCUCAUAUUGCGGUUCCAAGAGUGCUUCACCGUUAUCGACACAGCCAAGGCGGCGGGAGGUAGUGCCCUCGUGCACUGCUUUGCCGGGCGCUCCCGCAGCGUGACUGUGGUGGUGGCAUACCUCAUGGCCCGCCGUGCCAUGACAGUGGAUGAGGCGCUGUCGCUCGUGAGAGGGUUGCGGCCCGAGGCGAACCCGAACGCGGGGUUUGUGCAGCAGUUGCGGGAGUGGGAGGCGCAGCUAAGAGAGCAAGGGGUGCUGCCGCCACUGCCGCCGGCGCCACCAGUGGCAACAGUGCUGCAAGUGGCACCAGUGCUGCCAGGGGAGGGAGCAGCUGAGAUGGGAGGUGUGGAAGGGGAGGAGGUGGGGAGGGAGGUACAGGGAGAAAGCGGGGAAAACCAAACAGAAAAAAAGAUUUAA